CUCCACAGAGGGUGCAGCAGGAUCCAGAGAGUGAGCAGAAACCAAGAGGAGUGACUAAAGAAAUAAUAAACACAUUUCUACUUCUUUUUAAACAAAAUCAAAAGGCGUGAAUGAGGGGCAAAGCAAAGGAGCGACCACAGGAAUGUGACCUCAGGGGAAAGCAGCUGAUAUUUACACAUGGAGAGCUUUAACACUUCCCAGUGCACACGUUAAAGACACUAACCAUGGUGGUGCUGUUGGAGGAUUGUCCAGACACAAUGAACCGGGUUGGUAAACCUCUCCAGGUUGGCUUCUAUGAGAUCAUCCGUACGCUGGGGAAAGGAAACUUUGCUGUGGUGAAACUGGCAAGACACAAAGUCACUAAAACACAGGUUGCCAUUAAAAUCAUCGACAAAACCUGUUUGGAUGCAUCAGACUUGGAAAAACUCAACAGGGAAGUUAAAAUCAUGAAGCUUCUGAACCAUCCACACAUCAUCAGACUCUACCAGGUUAUGGAAACCAAGAACAUGUUGUACAUUGUUACAGAGUAUGCCAAUAACGGGGAGAUGUUCGAUUAUCUUGCAUGCAACGGUCAUCUGAGUGAGGAAGAAGCUCGGAAGACAUUCUGGCAAAUCCUCUCUGCUGUAGAGUAUUGCCAUAGACACCACAUUGUACACAGAGACCUUAAAGCUGAAAAUUUACUGCUGGACAGCAACAUGAACAUCAAACUGGCAGACUUUGGUUUUGGAAAUUUCUUCAUACCUGGAAAGCCUCUGAAUACCUGGUGUGGAAGUCCACCUUAUGCAGCACCAGAGAUCUUCAAGGGAAAGGAAUAUGAGGGACCGCAGCUUGACAUCUGGAGUCUAGGUGUGGUUCUCUAUGUGCUGGUGUGUGGCUCUCUGCCCUUUGAUGCUGCCUCACUUCCAGCCCUGAAACAACGUGUCGUAGAGGGACACUUUAGAAUCCCUUACUUCAUGUCACAGGAGUGUGAGAAUUUGAUACGGAAGAUGCUGGUGGUGGAUCCGGCCAAACGUAUCAGUCUGGCACAAAUCAAGCAGCACUGCUGGAUGAAAGCUGAGCCGAUAGCAUUGUGCCAGGCUUUAUUUAACCCUUCUGAGUCUGAGCGGCCCUGCCAGGCAAAGAGUUACAACGAACAAGUGCUUGGUCUCAUGCAGACACUGGGCAUUGACAAGCGGAGAACCAUUGAAUCUUUACAAAAUGACAGUUACAACCACUUCUCUGCCAUUUACUGGCUCUUGCUGGAGAGACAGAAUGGACAAGAGCAAAUCAGAAAAGCUCCAGUUUGGUCUAAAAAGCCUUGUUACACCAUACCAGUGCUGGGAAAUUCAUUAGAUGCAAGUCCACCCAUGUUACAGUACAGAAACGUUCCCUCUCCCAGCAAGUUACACGAUCCUGGAUUAAGCAGAGCGGUACAAGUUAAAAACAUGGAUGAAGAGGAGAAGCAGUUACCUUUUGAAUAUACAACUGAAAACAGGAGCACGAUACACAGACACACUGGCUCUGAGGGGUCGUCCUGGUGUUACCCACCAAAUAUUGUGGUGGAUCUAGUGGACAGUGCCAGUGCAGACAACUCUCCCAAUUCUUCCUUCACUGUCUCCAGCACCUCUUUCACUUCCCCUGGUGCUCUUUUAGACCCACAACUCUCUAUGAACCAAGUUCAGGGACAGUAUCCAGUUUCACUGAAAUCAGAAAGAAGCCCACACACUCAUUCAUCUGUCGUGAGGUUCCAGAAAAGUCUGCAAGUUCCCAAUUUCCAGGAGGGCAGAAGAGCCUCAGACACCUCACUGCCCCAAGGUCUGUGGGCUUUUCGUGAGCAUUUGAGCAAGAAUGUUCACAUAACAGGCCAGUUUGGUUUGAACAAAGUUCCUGUGCAGUGCACAUGGCCCCCAGUACCCAACCCAGAACACACUAAUAAACCUCCAACACACUCAUGGGAGCAUCUCCAUAGCCAGCCUGAGGGCCUCCAGCACCAUCAGUGGACAUCUAAUAUUCGUCGUCAUCAUCCCCAUCUGCCACAAAAGCCUUCUCCUCCUCCUUCUACUACGCCUAUCCAGAAUCACUCCAUCUGUCCACCACCACACUUUGAGUGUCACUUAACUUCUUUAUCCACUUCAGGUUACCGCAAAGUUCACUGCAACCCUUCAUCCCUCCUUUACACACCUCAGAGUCUGCUCUGUUCUCAACAAGAUCCACCAUCUCAUACUUCCUAUCUGCCAGCACCAUAUUUGUGCUCCACUUCCAGCUGUUCUUCCUCCAACAUGGUCGAUUCCACCACACUGCUCCUGGAGGAACAGCUGCAGAUAAAACCAAGCUCGCGCUGAUGUUCAUUAGUAGCAAGAGAGGUUCUAUUGUACCUGGUCAUCUCUUUUGAUUUUGUAGUAAUGUAGCAACAAAUUUUCUAGAGCUGUUCCAGUUACAGUAGAAAUGCCAAAUCUGUCAUUUAAGUCACUCUGAAUGAGAGCAUCUGCAAAAUGACUACACGUAAAUGGAAAAUCCAUUUACUGUUGAUUCACUUUUAUUCUCCCAAAAUAAUGGGGAAAAAAGACUGCACUAUACUGUAUAUAAUUAAUGAGAUCUAACUAGAGGAUACAUAUAUCUCUGAGCUACUGUUUAAAAUGUUAUUGUCUGUUGUUAAGCAUGCAAAAAAAUACUAAUGGAGGAACAACAAUGCCCUAUUUUUUAUUCAUUAUCCAAUUUUGGGCGGCACGGUGGUGUAGUGGUUAGCACGGUCACCUCACAGCAAGAAGGUUCCGAGUUCGAACCCAGCGGCUGGCCAGGGCCUUUCUGUGUGGAGUUUGCAUGUUCUCCCCAUGUCUGCGUGGGUUUCCUCCGGGUGCUCCGUUUUCCCCCACAAUCCAAAAGACAUGCAGGUUAGGUUAAUAUGGGACGGCCUUGGGCUGAGGUGCCCUUGAGCGAGGCACCUAACUCCCAACUGCUCCUUGGGCACUGUUAGCGUGGCUGCCCACUGCUCUGGGUAUGUGUGUGCGCUCAUUGCUCACGUGUGUGUGCAUGUGUGUGUUCACUGCUUCAGAUGGGUUAAAAUGCAGAGAGGAAAUUUCACAAGUGUGUGAUGAAUAAAGUUGUGCUUGCUUAAGGACCUUAUUGAGUGUUUUUUCUCAUGUAUUUAAAUAAGCAGUGAUGAUUCUUUAUAUGAGGGUGGCACGGUGGUGUAGUGGUUAGCACUGUCGCCUCACAGCAAGAAGGUCCUGGGUUUGAGCCCAGUAGCCGACGAGGGCCUUUCUGUGCGGAGUUUGCAUGUUCUCCCCGUGUCCGCGUGGGUUUCCUCCGGUUGCUCCGGUUUCCCCCACAGUCCAAAGACAUGCAGGUUAGGUUAACUGGUGGCUCUAAAUUGACCGUAGGUGUGAAUGUGAGUGUGAAUGGUUGUCUCUAUGUAUUAGCCCUCUGAUAACCUGGAGACUUGUCCAGGGUGUACCCCGCCUCUCGCCCAUAGUCAGCUGGGAUAGGCUCCAGCUUGCCUGCGACCCUGUACAGUAUAAGCGGCUACAGAUAAUGGAUGGAUUCUUUAUAUGCUCCUUGUUUUGUUUGAUAUAUACAAUACAAUCUGACUGCAGUUGGAGUGGAUUGAUGAUAAUAGACAAUUUAUCAGAGUCGUCAGUGAUCACAGUGUGUGUCUUGUAUUGUGUACGUAUAAUCUGUAUUUAUUCACCCUGUG